CUGGAUUGCAUUCUCAUAAAAUAUCAUACCAACCAAAUCCUUGAUCUAUUGAUUGACCCUACGCGCUAAAUAACUAACAACUGACAAUUCUGGCGACUUCCAACAUGGAAUUGAAUUAGUAUAAAUUAGUCGUUCUACUUCUUCCGAUUCGAUAUCAUCCUCCACUUGCCAAAUGCAAUCUCAAUGAAGUAAGUACUAGCUAGUAAUAUUUGUUACUUCUAUUGAUUAGUCUUACGCUCUUGCUUGCAAGGUGUGUGCAUCAUGAGCUUCAACAAUGCCAACAAUGGUGGUGAUGCUACUUCGACCAACAGAACUUAUCGUGGAGUUAGGCGUCGGGGAAGUGGAAAAUGGGUAUCGGAAAUCCGUGAGCCUAAGAAACCCAAUCGUAUCUGGCUCGGGACAUUUCCGUCCCCUGAAAUGGCAGCUGUUGCUUAUGAUGUAGCUGCACUUGCACUCAAAGGCUCUAACGCGGAGCUUAACUUCCCAAGUUUAGCCAUAUCUUUGCCAGUUCCAGCUUCAAAUUCAUCACGUGACAUCCAAGCUGCUGCUGCCAAUGCUGCCGCUGCAGCUGGUGCCGCUGUUGAUUCCUUAUCUGCAUCCAAUAUGACCCAAAGCAUUGGUCCAUUAGUACCAUCAUCGUCAUCAUCAUCAGAAAGUCCGGCACUGGCAGUGGUGGAUUAUGUGAAUGAUGAUAGUAAUAAGUUUAUUGAUGAGGAACUUAUAUUUGACAUGCCCAAUCUUCUUAGGAACAUGGCUGAAGGAAUGCUGCUCAGUCCUCCGCAUUUAGAUAGUUUUACAGGAGAUCGUGAUCAGGAAUUCACUAAUGAACAAAAUAAUGGAGAUUAUCAUAACCUUUGGGGUUAAUUAUCAUCCUUGCAUGCUGAUUAAUAUCCAAACAAAACCACAUCAUUGUGUGUAUAUAUGUGAUCAAGGGAUACAAUAAACUCGAAAUUAGCAGUCU